UCAUCACACCUUCAACAUGGAUGGCGGCAGCUACGACGAAGACUACGCCACGGAAGGCGGCGACGAAUCAUGCAGCCUCCUGCAGGACUCUCGCCGACGCACCCCUCUGCAUAUCAACAACUACUUGUCUCAAAUGGAGAAACUUCAAAAGCAACGCAAGCAACGGCAGCGACAAGUGCGGCUCCUUACGACGGCUCUCGGGUUUGUCACAUUUUGCGGCAUCGUGUGGACUCGGCAGUCGCACAUGGAGCUAGUCACGUCCUUGUUGCCCAAGGCCGAGUCGUCUCUACGUGCCAAUUUCGCCCGUUCAGCUGUCUUUUGCGACACUCGACAGUGCCUAGAUCUCAUUCCUCGGUCGUCGCUCGACUUGUCCGCGACAACUUGCGCAUCCGUCGACCCCGCGUUGUACGAGAACCUCGCGCGCUACGUCUUCGACUCUCACUACGUCCACCAAUGGCCACAUGACCCAGCAUUCCAAUGCACGCAACCAACGCUGCUGAAUUUCACCAUUUCCCCUAAACCGAAUACGCAAAUCAACUCGUGUCGAUAUCAUGCUGACGCCGUUGCUGUCGAAGCGGUUGGGACGUUCGACGCCUCGGGCGACGUGGAGUUGGUCACAGCCUCCCUCCUCGUCCCCCGUGAUGCCACGCAUGCCACCCUCGACGACGUUCGUCCGUUCGCCCCCCAAGUAUCAGAAAAGUGGUACCACAAUUCGCUGCAAGGCAUGCUUCAUGGAGUGAUCAACCCCACGCACGAAGAUGGCAUUUGGCUCACCGUGUAUUUCCCCACCAAUGAUGUUCCCUCUGAGUUGAACAUUGUGGUCCGCCGGGGUACCAAUGCGAUUGCAGGCACUAUGCAACUGAACACAAGUGUGGCGCUACCCUCUCACACUGGCCUCUUGGCCGUUCGCCUCGACCGAGACUUGCAUCAAUCGUGGCCCGCGGGGGACUACAUCGUGGUGAUCCAGACGGACAAUCUUAGCGAUCCCUCACAACUCGUGCCGUUUACUGUGCUACCAACCGAUGCGGCCGGCCAGAACACCGUCUUUCGAGAAAAGUACGAGCUAAUGUUGGCAUCUCCUUCGUCCCCCAAUGCUACUCAAGGAGUUGUAUGUGCAUCCAAGUCGGAGAAUCUCACAGCGUACUGCUCGUGUCAGCGUCAGGCCCGACAGGGCUAAAUCGAUCCUUGUAUUAAUGAUCCGAUACGAUUCGUUUGCAU